CGCCAGGCAAAGGGGGGGAAAAAGGACGUCGUUGCGCACGCGCGACAUUUAUGUUGUUGUUUGUGGCGGUAAGAUGGCGGCGCUCGGAGACACCUCAGCUCCGGGGGUGAACGGGUUAAUACAACAAUUCACAGCAAUAACAGGAGCCACAGAGAGUGUAGGACAACAUAUGCUGGAAGCAUGCAACAACAACCUGGAGAUGGCAGUGACCAUGUUUCUGGACGGAGGCGGGAUUGCAGAGGAGCCCAGCACCAGCUCCAGUUCAGCAGCUUCAAGCAGCAGAGCUCCCCCUUCAGAUGAAGUACGAGCACCCAUUCCCCAGAAGCAGGACAUAUUGGUGGAACCUGAACCGUUGUUUGGAGUACCAAAGCGAAGAAGACCUGCUCGAUCUAUAUUUGAUGGUUUCCGAGACUUCCAAACAGAAACAAUUCGCCAGGAACAGGAGCUGCGUAACGGUGGAACUGUGGAUAAGAAACUGAGCACCCUGGCAGACCUUUUCCGUCCUCCCAUUGAGCUCAUGCACAAAGGCAGCUUUGAGACGGCAAAAGACUGCGGACAACUGGAGAACAAGUGGCUAAUGAUCAACAUUCAAAAUGUUCAAGACUUUGCCUGCCAGUGCCUGAAUAGGGAUGUUUGGAGUAAUGACGCAGUGAAGACCAUCAUCAGAGAACAUUUCAUAUUCUGGCAGGUAUAUCAUGAUAGUGAAGAGGGACAAAGAUACAUCCAAUUCUAUAAGCUGAACAAGUUCCCAUAUAUUUCCAUCCUCGAUCCCCGCACAGGUCAGAAAAUGGUGGAGUGGAAUCAGCUGGACGUGGCAUCGUUCCUGGAGCAGACGACUGGCUUCCUGGCGGAGCACGGGCAACUCGACGGGCCGUCCUGUCACGCACCCCCUGCCAAACGAGCUCGCUCUGAGAGUCUGAUUGAUGCCAGUGAAGACAGUCAGCUGGAGGCAGCGAUCCGAGCCUCCCUACAGGAGACCCACUACGAGUCCUCAAACGCCCCCGAACCUCCCGAUUCCCCCCGAUCAGACGACGAAUCAGACGCGGAGCCUUUCUCUGACAGCGAGGGUCCCAUCUCUGUCGAUGGCUCAGACAGCGAAACGCCGGCACCCCACGAAGAGAAAAGUUUUAUCAGCAAACACCCUCCGCUCCCUCCCGCCACUGCGGCCCAGCAGCGUCUACAUCCCGAUAGUUCCACUUCUUCCCACAGAAAGUCUCCAUACAAAGAAAACAACCACAGUCACAAGAAGGAGGAGAGCAAAAAGAACCACCUGGAGCCCUCAGCUGCAGGUCCUCGUCAUCCUCAGCCUGAAGCAGAUUCUGGAGGUAACCACUGUCCCCCAGCGGCCGAAAGCGCUGGACCUUCCAAAACUACCGAAUCCUGUGACGUUGACUGUCCUGACGACAACGGUCCCAAAGCCAGGUUGAUGCUCCGUUACCCUGACGGACAGAGAGAGCAAAUUUCCUUGUCUUCUAAAGCAAAACUUUUGGCCCUGGUAAGACAUGUCCAGUCCAAAGGUUACCCCAAUGAACGCUUCGAACUCGUCACCAACUUUCCCAGAAGGAAGCUGGCCCACUUGGACUAUGACAUCACGCUGCAGGAGGCGGGGCUUUGUCCACAGGAGACUGUAUUUGUUCAAGAGAGGAACUAGCCUUGUCAGACACACUCACUUUUUGCUUGUCUGUAUCUCUCUGAUAGACCCUUUCACCAAUGAUCUGGGACGAUGUCACUGGCCUUGAUCCCAUAACCUUCAGUUCUCCUGGAAUUAGGCCCCGUUUUGCCAAGACAACUGUUAGUGGAUGGACUACUCUCCCCCCCCCCCCCCCCCCCCCACACUCCACUAGUCUGAAUACUGACGUCUCCACUGACAGCCUAACCCCAUUGUAGUACUCUACAAUUGGCCAGUAAGGUUGUCGGAUGCCGGCACUUCAAUUUUUUAACGUGUUAUAUUCUUUUCUGAUGCAGGCUUCAUUUUGUUCUGAACACUGAGGCACGUCAGGAUAGAAUAUAUAUACGAUAACUCCUAUUCAAAUAAAAAAAAAUAAUGGAUCACUGAUUGAUGAUGCGGCACCAGGGACUUGUACAAAAAGACUUUUACCUCCCAAUAAGGAUGUUAAAUGUCAGAGUUUAUUUUCUUGCUCUUCUUGUCAUUGUCUGUACCUGGGGACAGGUAAAGGGAGGCUCAUUCUUGUUUAUUUUGACCUGAAUUUGGUCUCUCACACGGUCAUUGUUUGAACAAUUGUAAUUAUUUGGAAGGCAGGGGCACUAAGAGAAAAGGUCCGGAAAUUACAAGUCAAGAAAAAUGUGUCGGACAUCUGUUGACGCACUUGUGUAGAUCGGAGAGGAUUUGGGUUGAUCUACACAUUUUUACUCCAGUUUCUAUUGGUUAAUUAGAGACUAGUAGAUUGUUUUUGGAUUUCAACUUUUGAUACAGAAGGGAAUGAAUGAAUGAAGGGUGGUACAUCUCAUCAGUCGGACCUACACUGUACAGAGAUGGCUUAGAGAGACUGAUAUUUAGCCGUAGUCAUUGUUUCCUUUCUUUUUUAUAUGCUGCCAAGAAAAUAUGCUGAUGUUGAAAUAUAACCACCAAAACCAAGGGA